AUGUUUGAACUGCAGGCCACUUUGGAGUUUUCCGUGGAACUUGGGAAAUUCUACAAUGUGGAUCUUUUCCAAAGAGGGUACUACCAAGUUCGAGUUGUGUUGAAAGCUCCAGCCAAAUUACCAUGUAAAACUGAAGUCUCUCUUCCGAGAAACACGGAGAAUCCCCUUGUCCUCCCAGCCAGCAUCAUAAAUGGUGUAGCAGUGAGCAAGACCUUUCAGAUUCUUUAUCGCAAUGAAGAUGUUGUUGUCAAUGAUGUGAUUUUAUUCCGAAUUCAUGUCCUCGUUGACAGCUCCAAGGUGAGCGAAACGCUUGAAGACUUGGGGAAAAUUUUAAAAACUGGUGCAUUUGGACGGUUAAAAUAUAAUGGGCUUUUUGGAUUGGCAUAUUAUUCUGAUUUUACAUGUAAUUCCAUAAUCAUUUUUUUUUUCGUUUUUUGUUUUUUUUCUUUCUUUCCUCUUUCUUUGUCUUUUUUCUCUUUCUUUGUCUUUUUUCUCUUUCUUUGUCUUUUUCUUCUUUCUUUGUCUUUUUCUUCUUUCUUUGUCUUUUUCUUCUUUCUUUGUCUUUUUCCUCUUUGUCUUUUUCCUCUUUCUCUCUCUCUUUUUUUCACUCUCUCCUAUUUUCACUCUCUCCUUUUUUCACUCUCUCCUAUUUUCUCUCUCUCCUAUUUUCUCUCUCUCUCCUAUUUUCUCUCUCUCUCCUAUUUUCUCUCUCUCUCCCUCUCUCUCUCUCUCUUUCUCUCUCUCUCUCUCUCUCUCUCUCUCUCUCUCUCUCUCUCUCUCUCUCUCUCUCUCUCUUUCUCUCUCUCUCUUUCUCUCUCUCUCUUUCUCUCUCUCUCUUUCUCUCUUUUCUCUUCCUUUUCCUUUUUUCUUCUUUUUUUCCUUUUUUUUUUCUUCUUUUUUUCCUUUUUUUUCUUCUUUUUUGUCCUUUUUUUCUUUUUUUUUUUUUUUUUUUUUUUUUUUUUGUUUUUUUUCUUUUUGUCCUUUUUUUCUUCUUUUUUUGUCUUUUUUUUUUUUGUCCUUUUUCUUUUUUUUGUCCUUUUUUUCCCUUUUUUUUGUCCUUUUUUCUUCUUUUUUUUGUCCUUUUUUCUUCUUUUUUGUCCCUUUUUUCUCUUUUUUGUCCCUUUUUUCUCUUUUAUCCUUUUUUGUCCUUUUUUGUCCCUUUUUUGUCCUGUUUUUCUUCUUUUUUUGUCCCUGUUUUUUUCUUCUUUUUUUGUCCCUGUUUUUUUCUUCUUUUUUUGUCCCUGUUUUUUUCUUCUUUUUUUGUCCCUGUUUUUUUCUUCUUUUUUUGUCCCUGUUUUUUUCUUCUUUUUUUCCUGCAUACAUUUGAGACAUGCACUCAACCACAGUAAUGCUGAGAAUCCAGUAUCUUUUAGAUCUAAUAUUCAAGACAAAAUGGAGUUUGUCAGCCAACGUAUCAUGAACCUGCACUUCAGUCCAACCAAAGGUCUUCAUCACUAUGUGCCUGUCCUCUUUGAUUAUUUCCACCUGUGUGCCAUUGACUUAACAGUCCAUGGUAUGCUGGUUGCUUUGCAUCAACCAUAUAUUACUUUACCUCGUCCUCCCAAGUCAGCAUGGACAAACAAAGGACCUGAGCAUUCCACUCUGGAGUCAGUAUACUUCGGGAGUCGGCCUGGAGUUGGGAGUUCUGUUUAUAUUAGUUCAUCCAGUUUGCAAGGAGCCUGCCACACUCAUCGAAAGAUUUGUAAGAUCCUAUUAUCAGCCUAUGAGAGCUUACAGGAAGCCUUUGCAACUUACAGUAACUUGAUGGUGAAAUCACCUGUCAUAGAAAGAAAGGAUUGUCAUGCUAAGUUGGAAGAGUUGAUGAAAGUUUUGCAAAAAUUUGACAAUGAAGAAGAUCUUCUACAACGUGCCAGCACUGAUGUUACCCAACUGUGUGCAGAAAAUGUUAUUAUGUGGAACCAGUUUUUGGACACCAUCACUUUGAAUUCAUUUGUCCUUUACCAUCUUGCAACUGAGCACCAUAACCAAAGGGUGAAGAGAUUUGCAGAGGUAUUUUUCAAUCAGGAUCAUACCAAAAUCAAAUCACUUGAAACCUAUGAGCCAAGUAUUCACGGUCAUGUUGAUUGUGCUGCACUGGUGCGUGCCUCUGCCUACUUCCAGAACCUUCCUCCACUGCCUGUUGAGUGCCUCGAACUGGAUGGUGAUUUUACUACACUGCCUAUCAUAUUUGAAGAUGUCUAUUAUGAUAUCAAAUAUCCUACCUGUAAAAAUUUCCCUGAUGCUCAUGUUCACUAUACAAAUCCUGCCUUUGAAUGUUCUGAUGGUGAUACGAGUGAAUCAUCAGAUGUCCCAAGAGACCGGUCAAAAUCAGAUACUUCUACCUACUUCCUGUAUGGCGAGGACUCUCCGCAGUUACGAAACAAAGGCAAGAGAAAAUUCAUCAAGAACAUAAAACCUGAGGCUUUUAAGCGUCCGUCAUCAUAUUCGUGCGUCAAUGCUGACGCGACACCACCUCUGAAUGAUGUUGUCCUUGUUGGCUACAGGAAGAAGAAUUUGGAAGAGACGUCAGAGAGUCCACUACAGUUAGGUACUUUGAGUCCUGUACAAGCAUCCUCUCCAAGUGAUUUUUUCUCUGGAAGCCAUCUCCCUAACUCAGUUUCUAUGACUUCUCUCUUAACACGGUCCUGCUGGAGUAGAUCAAGUGUUAACUCACUCCCGGAAUUCAUCGAUGGGUCACAUUCAGGCAAAUUAGCAAAGAUGUCUGCCAGCAAGUCUGACUCCAAUUCUGACAGUGGUGUGUCUGGUAUGCAAGAGGGAAAGCGCAUCAAGCCAAGAGCCCAGAAAUCCCACACAGUCCCUCUCCUCAACCUAAACCCUAAGUGCCUUGAAACUGAAAACAAAGAUAAAAAUGUUGGUCAGGUCAAUAAAGCCUUUUGCUUUGACAAAGAAGUUUCAGAAUCUAUAGAGAACUCCAAAGAGCCUCCAGUAGCAAAUGCUGCAGAUAGUUCUAAAAAUUCAGAACCUGCUAUAAGCAAUGUUGAAGUCGAUUCUGACUGCUCUGACACCAGUGAAUGCGUUCCCAAUGGUUUUGAUAAUCGGGUCGAUGUUGGUCCAUCUGAUGAUGUAUCAGAAGGGAUGUACUUAGAUUCCAAUUUAAAGAACGCCGGGAAAGCUUCAUCUGUAAGUGGUGCCAAGGCAAUGUCUUCUGCAGAAAGUCCAUCUGAAAGUGUCACUGAUAGUCUAGAUUUCAGUUCUUUGUCAACAGUAACUAGUGACAAGAACUCCAAAGAUGAUCAGGUGACAAUCUUGGAGCUCUUGAAAGAAGAAUAUGCUAAAGUGAAGUUACAAGAUGCUGCUGAAGAAAAUGGCCAAGUGUUACUGAACUGUAAUUGGACUUCUAACAGCCCUCUGCAUGGACAGAGAGCAUCAAGUGAUCCAGACCUACAUCACAGUGUGAUGACUAGUGCUAGAAAUAGUGACCGAUCAGCAGCAGAAGAUGCAAAUGAAGGCACAAGCAGUGACGGGGCAUCUAAUAAUCUUCAGAUACAGUCAGCUUCCCAAGGAAGUUCCGUCAUAUCAUCCUCAUCUUCCUAUCCGGAAUUAUCGCGAAUUACAGACUAUAACUGUGAUAUGCCUAAACUUGUAGCACCUGUUGCUAACAAGACUGUCAAUUUUGUAUCGCUGAAAGAAAAUUUUAAAAAGCAACUGAAAUAUCAGGGACAUUUGUACAGUGAAUUUUCGUCAGUAGCCUCUAGCAUUCCAUAUUUCUUGACCCCACAGUAUUAUGACUCAAAUAUUUCCACUGAUCAUCUCCAUCUUAUCGUCUGUGUACAUGGCUUGGAUGGUAACAGUUCUGAUCUGCGACUGGUUCGCACAUACAUUGAAAUGGCUCUACCUGGGCACAGAAUAGAAUUUGUGAUGUCUGAACGCAACCAGACUGAUACUUUCGCUGAUUUUGAACUGAUGACUACACGAUUAGUAAAUGAAAUCCUUUGCUACAUUCAUAUGUAUGACUUGAAACCGCCAUCUCGAAUCAGUUUCAUUGGCCACUCAUUGGGAAACAUCAUCAUUCGCUCAGCUUUGGCUCGUCCAGAAAUUUCUCAUCUUCUUCCAAUGAUGCACACAUUCCUUUCUCUGUCAGGACCUCACCUGGGCACUCUCUAUAACAGUAGUGGACUUGUCAACAUGGGAAUGUGGGUCAUUCAGAAAUGGAAGAAAUCUGGUUCUCUUCUUCAGCUUUCCAUGAAAGACCACACAGACCCAAGGCAGUGUUUCCUCUACAAACUCAGUCAAAAAUCUGAACCUUUAGAAUCUUUCAAGAAUAUUCUACUUGUUGGCUCCUCUCAGGACCGUUAUGUUCCCUUCCAUUCAUCAAGAAUAGAAAUUUGUAAAGCAGCUCAAAGAGACACAUCACCUCUUGGUGCUGUUUACAUAGAAAUGGUGAUGAACAUUUUGAAGCCAAUUGUGAGCAGUAGUACAACCAAGCUAAUCCGCUAUGAUGUGUUCCACGCAUUACCUAACACAGCAAACACAAUCAUUGGCAGAGCGGCUCACAUUGCCGUUCUGGAUUCUGAACUGUUUAUUGAAAAAUUUCUUCUUGUUGUUGGCCUAAAAUUCUUCAAAUGA